ACCAUUGUAAUUCAAGCACGCGGCUGGUUCGUAUUUUCAUCUUCUAUUUCUUCUUCACUCUGAUUCUUGAUGCUUCUGUAAAUAUUUUUGUUUUAUUUUUCAAAAAUCUUCACCGUGGCGGGCGCGUAACUCCGCCACGGCAGCUACACGCGCCGAACUGCCGUCCCCCCUGCACGGCCACGAUUAUGGAAGAUGGUGGUUGUUUUGGCUUCCUCCUCUGAUGCUGGUGGUGGGAUUGGAAGCUGGGACCUUCAUACAGGUACUGAGCAGAUCCGCUAUAAAUCGUUAUCUUCCCCUGGCCAUGGACUUGUCUCUGUUGGUGAUCGAUUUCUCGCGUCUUCUCAGCUCCGAGACGCGGCAACGUCGUCUGGUUCUGUUUUCUUCUGGUCCUGGUCCAAGCCUCAAGUUGAAGUAAAGAGCUUUCCCGCCGAACCCAUUACGCCUCUCGCUGCUAAUCACAGUGGCACCUAUCUUGUUGGUGGAGGUUUGUCCGGUGAAAUAUACUUGUGGGAGGUUGAAACCGGCAAAUUGCUUAAGAAGUGGCAUGGUCAUAAUACGGCUGUUACUUGCCUUGUAUUUUCUGAAGACGAUUCACUUCUAAUAUCUGGUUUUAAAAAUGGAAGCGUACGAGUUUGGUCUCUCUUAAUGAUAUUUGAUGAUGUAAGAAGACGGGAAGCAAGCCAGAUUUACGAGUAUAGUUUUUCAGAUCACACUUUGUGUGUAAAUGAUGUUGUGAUUGGUUCUGGAGGGUGCAAUGCAAUUAUAGUUUCAGCAUCAGAUGAUCGGACUUGUAAGGUAUGGAGCUUAUCUAAUGGAAUGCUACAAAGAAAUAUAGUAUUCCCUUCAAAAAUUAAAGCUAUUGCUUUGGAUCCUGCUGAACAUGUCUUUUAUACUGGCAGUGAAGAUGGAAAAAUAUUUAUCGUUGCACUUAACACCACAAAAAUCGCUACCAAUAAUCACGUUUCUUAUAUCGUUGAUUCAUUUUCUAACCACAGCAAGGCAGUUACUUGCUUGGCAUAUAGCGCCAGUGAUAACUUUUUAAUAUCGGGAUCUGAGGAUGGAAUAGUCCGAGUUUGGAACGCAAGUACUCAUAACAUCAUCCGUGUCUUUAAACAUGCUAAAGGACCAAUAACCAAUAUUAUUGUUGUUAGACCAGAAAAUGAUUCAAGUAAUCAUAUGUCAUCUAAUUUACAAGCAGCCUCAAAAAAGAAGGGAGCUCAAUUUCCUCCUUUGGAAAAAUAUGCAAAUUCGAUAGACGGGCAUUCAGAUACAAAGACUAUCGUCAGUCUAGGGGAUAGUGAUAGAUGCAUGGACGCUUCAUACCUUAGUUCUCAUGUGAUUUCUAGUUACAGUAAAGAACUUCAGAAUCAAGGUUCAGCUGCCGCUUCUGAAAUGGAGAUAGAGAAACUAAAAAGCGAUUACCAAAAGUCUGUGCAGAUGGUUAAUCAAUGGAAGAAAAUGUAUGAAAACCUUCAUCAAUUUUGUGUAAAAGAGCUGGUUGAUGAAAAUAAGAAAUAAGUCAAGUUAUUCUUGUCAGGCACGAUUUCGGUCUUUGAGGUAGAAUAUGUAUUUUAUAUUUAGCAUCACAAGGUUUCCUAGUGCAGUUUGUUUUUGUUCCUCGUAUUAUUAUUAUCAGCAAUUUUGGUUCGUUAAUUGGCUUAGUGUUUUAUGUUUUGAGAAUCUUCAUCUCUUUUGUUGGAGAGUUCUGGGAAUUUUCUGGUGUAAAGUGUAAACCACAUUACAUUGAAUAUGAGUCGCAUUUUUUAUAAAUCAUUCACUUAUUCAUUAUUCA